AUGGAGGUUUCGAUUCCUCAUCGUUGCUUUAAUUCUUCUACUUUAACCCAAGCUCGCCAGUCCAAAACACAAUUUAACCUCUGGCACCCUGUUCUUCUCCCCGCACGCCUUCAGCUGCGUAAGUCGCAUCUCCUGCAAACCCUCGCUCCACUAAUGGACUCCCGCUCUCACUUAAUAGUCCAUCGUGCCUUCGACGACAAUGGAUCGCCUUCGGUGCCGAAAGAACUUGGCGGAAGAGUUGGAGAAGUGAAGAGGGUUACAAAAGAGACAAAUGUAUACGUGAAGAUUAAUCUGGAUGGUAAUGCCGUGGCUGAAAAUAAUACAGGGAUACCAUUUCUGGAUCACAUGUUGGAUCAACUUGCUUCGCAUGGAUUGUUUGAUGUGCAUGUGAAGGCUACCGGGGACACUCACAUUGAUGAUCAUCAUACCAACGAAGAUGUUGCCCUAGCCAUUGGAACAGCUUUUCUGCAAGCACUUGGUGAUAGAAAAGGAAUCAACCGGUUUGGAGACUUCUCAGCUCCACUUGACGAAGCACUAAUACAUGUUUCACUGGAUUUAUCUGGAAGACCACAUUUGGGUUAUGAUCUACACAUACCGACAGAAAGAGUUGGUACUUACGACACUCAGCUGGUGGAGCACUUCUUUCAGUCCUUGGUCAAUACCUCUGGAAUGACACUUCAUAUACGUCAACUUGCUGGGAAAAAUUCUCACCAUAUCAUUGAGGCAACCUUCAAGGCUUUUGCAAGGGCUCUUCGUCAAGCUACGGAAUAUGAUCCACGCCGUCGCGGAAGCGUGCCAAGCUCCAAAGGGGUUCUGUCGCGUAGUUGA